AUGUCUUCAACCCAUGAUCCAAACUCUCCUGCCCGUUCAGAGAACUCAAAUUCGUACAUUGAUGUGCGCGAUGCCUUUGCACCUCUCCCUGAGUUACCUGUCAACUGCUCUGGUCAGCACAAUGAUGCCGGUUAUCAUGAACACGUCGACGAUCUCGGCAGUCACAGUAUCGUGCAUGACGCCUUCGUAACGCUUCCUGCACUACCCGACAACGACUUUGAAUCCAACGAUUUUGGUCAUAUUGACUUUGGACACAACGACUUUACCAGCAACCACGAAAUCGCCGAAUACAUCCCUGAUGAGUUCGAUCCGGCCUUACAGCUUGCACUCGUUCCAGCGCAAAGAUACAACGGACCCUUAGCACCUAUGUUCGACGAAUUCACCGCACAACGCAACAACGAACCUCAGGUACUAAACAACGACGAUUCCGACCUCGAAGAUGUCGCUGCACGCAUACUGUCAGGAGCACUCAGUCCACGUCAACAGGCCGAGGCCAUGAGCUGCAUGUCCGAGCACAGCAUGGACAAGCUGUAUCACGACCUGAUGCGCUCUCGUGGGUUUCAACUAACGUUGUUCACUACUCCAACUGCCAUUCCAGUCGAUAAUCCAUCCGCCGUGCCAAACGCCAUAUCAUUAGCCAUUCCAGUUGUAGCUCCGUCUGCCAUCCCAGUUGCCGGUCCAGCCGCCACUCCAUCCGGGAUACUCAACGAGAACAACUAUACGCCCGUCGCUUGGGAGCCUCAGCCAGCUUUGGAUCCUAACGCUCCUCCGCCACCUCCGCCUCUUUAUCCAGCAUACACCGGUCGGUUCCAGUCUGGCCCAGCUGCCAGAGCAUACCGAAAACGCAACCGCAUAGUACCCAAGUCUCAUGCAUCAGAUGUCGAGCGUGUCAAGCGUUAUGGACGCAUGUACUGGGUACGACGCAUCUACGAGUCUAUGAUUGACAUUUCCAACGUCAGUGACAGCGAGAAUUCCAUCCACCGAACGCGGUUCAUGAAGGAACCAGCAUUCAAUCCCCUGGAUCUGGAAGCCGCGGCACACCAUGUAUUCGAUGAGUCCUUGGCUGUACACGAGCGAGGCUGGGUCCGACCCAUCAUUUACCACAAAAAGGUGGUACGCGGCAAGCUCACAGACGUCAGCGAGAAGUGCUUGGAGAGGCGGCUAGCUCGCAUCUGUCUUUGCCUCCAGCAGAAGAAGGCGACGGUCGAUGACGCCGUUCGUGGAGGUGUGACUCUUGCGCUUUUGUGUGAUAAUCCAGAGGCGAGAGGCUUUACCAAGCUCUCCAAUAACACCGGUAACGCAAAGCGUGGAGAGCGACUGAGGGCCGCCAAGGAGGCGGAGGCGGAAGCGGAGGCGGAAGAGUCUGAGGAAGAGUAA